AUGGUUAGCUUCAGUAAGAUUUCGGUAGCAGCAUAUGCUUUGACAACAGCAUAUGCCAUUAAUUUGGCUGCUGACGAUGAAACAGUCAAGGAAAUUGAACUAGCUGUUUAUGUUAAUGAUAUCUACAGUAACAUGAUGCAGUAUCUGAAUUUCCGAAGUACGCACAAAGAUCAACCAUAUCCUGAUUCUGUCCAACAGGCUGUUAUGGCUAGGAUGUUUGGUUCCCCGGAAUCCAAAUGGUUGGGCCAACUGACGACGAUCCCAUAUGCUACUGUCAGUAUGAUGAUGACUGGUGUUCCAUGGUACUCAACGAGACUUCUACCAGCAUUAGAAAAGUCUCUGGCGGCUAGGGACAUCACUAUCACAUACCCACAGUCCGCCAUUACUCAUGAGACAGUAUCGUCCACUAUUAGUUCGAAGACCACUCCAGCUGCUCCAACGACCAGCUCGACAACCACUUCAGCUGCUCCAACGACCAGCUCGACAACCACUUCAGCUGCUCCAACGACCAGCUCGACAACCACUUCAGCUGCUCCAACGGCCAGCUCGACAACCACUUCAGCUGCUCCAACGACCAGCUCAACAACCACUUCAGCUGCUCCAACGAGCUCUGUUGUUCCAACUACUUCUACUACUGCUGCCACAACCUCUGCACCAGUUGCAUGGACCACUCUUCCAGUUGAAGACCCUAUGGUUCAAAGCAUGGAGCUGGCCGUCUACGUUAAAGACAUCAACGCCAACAUGCAGCAAUACCUUAACUUCCAACAAGCCAACCCAGGCCAGCCACACCCUCCUGCUAUUGCCCAAGCCGUCAUGCACGCCAUGAUGGGCCAACCAGAGUCUGAGUUCAUGACCCUUUUGACUGGUAUUGACCCAGCGACUGUGCAAAUGAUGUUGAGCGGUGUCCCAUGGUACUCCACCAGAUUGGAACAGGCCUUGGAUGCUACCUUCAGAGCCAGACACGUUGUUGUCAAGACUGCUGCCCCAGGUGAAUCCUCUGCCGCUGCUUCUUCCGUUGUUUCCUCUACUGCUGCAUCAUCUGCCGCUGCUUCCUCUGCCGCUGCUUCUUCCGUUGUUUCUUCUGCUCCAGUCUCUUCUGUUGUGGCAUCCUCUGCUGCUGCUUCUUCCGUCGUUUCUUCUGCUCCAGUGUCUUCCGUUGCUGUUUCUUCCGUUUCCGCUGCUCCAACUGAAAGGAACACCACUUACGGUGUCUCCACCCAAUGGACUACUGCUACCUCUUUGUACCACAACACCACGACGGUGAACAGUUGUCCAUCUGAGAGCGCCAAGACUGCGACAACGACUACCGGGAAGACCGACACAUUGACGUCCACUGUUUGUGACGAAGUGUGCCACUCCAAGAAGUCUGAAGAAGCCAAGAGAACCGCCACUGCCACUGAGGUGAACACAUCCACUGUCACUGCCACUGUCUGUGACGAAGUGUGCCACUCCAAGAAGUCUGAGGAAGCCAAGAAGUCUGCCACUGCUACUAAAGUAAACACAUCUACAGUUACUGAAACUGUUUGCGAUGAAGAAUGUCGUUCUAGAAAAUCUGAGGAGGCUCAUAAAACGUUAACAGAGACCACAACCACAUGUACGAACAGUGCGGAAUCUAUAAACGCAAAUGGUAAAACAGAGACGAAGAGUGGUAAAGGUGAAUCAAAUGGCAAGGCUGCCACUACCGCUGCGGAGACAACCACCGCAACCGGACAGGCUGGAACCACAACAACUGGAACUGGUACGAAAGAGAAUGCUGCCCAAAAAACCACUUCUAAGGGGGAAAAGGGCUCCUCUACCGCUAUCAAGGUCGAAAAUGGUUCCACCAUAACAACUCUGGCCGGGCCCAGCGGUGUUAAAGAGCAAACUGAAUCAGCACAUUCCUCUUCCACCAAAUCGUCCAACGCACCAAACGUCCACGUUCAGACCGCUAACGAUGCUUCCAGAGGUGUUGUUGGCGCGAGUGUCGGUUUGAUGGCAAUGGUUGCUCUCCUAUUAUAG